AUGAUUUCAGAUGGAUCAUACUGGAAGAAGACAUCUUAUGAAGAUCUGAAAGAGAGCCUCAACAUCAAACCCAACAAAAAAAUAGCUAAAAAUGUGAUCCUCUUCAUCGGCGACGGCAUGGGACCGAACACCGCCACGGCGGCCAGGAUCUACAAGGAAUCCGAACAUGGGUAUCUAUCCUGGGAGAGGUUCGACCAUGUUGGGGCGUUAAAGACUUACUCUAACGAUAAAAUGGUACCUGACUCCGGAUGUUCGGGGACCGCGUUGUUCGCUGGCGUCAAAACAAAUCUUGGAACCUUAGGUUUAAGUUCGGAUGUGAAGAGGUAUGACUGCGACGCAAGUGUUCUGGAAAAGAAUCGAGUGACCACGAUCGCGAAGCUAGCUCAAGAUGCUGGAAAAGCAACUGGUAUCGUGACUACGGCUCGUAUCACCCAUGCUACGCCAGCUGCGAUGUACGCCCACACAGCCAACAGGGAUUGGGAAUGCGAUACUAAGAUGCCAUACUACGCUCAGCAGUGUAAAGAUAUUGCACGUCAACUCGUAGAAGAUGAACCAGGAAAGAAUUUCAAUGUAGGUUAA